AUGAUUGUUUCAGUCAGACGAAUUUUACUACAGAGACAAAUUUACUCAAAGAUGAGUCAUCAAAGAAAUAUUCAGAUUUCUCCUUCAAUUCUAGCCCGAGGAAAGCGAAAAGAAAAAUCUUCCUCUGAUGAUUCGUCUGAGCCUUCUUCAUCUCAAAGAUCUUCAGCUCAAGAAUUCUCCCAAGAUCCGAAGUUCAAAGAAAAGAUGGAUAAGAUGAACGCCGGCUUCGAAAAAUUCACCUCCAAGGUCAAAUCUCAAGUCGAGCAAGAAAAAGCGAACAGGAAAUUUAUGGAAGAAAGCUGGGAGAAGCACAUGAAAUCGGAGAGCGGAAAGGAACAGCUGAAUUUUCUGGACAAUGAAAUGUUGAAAGUCGCCGUUCCGCUAAUUGUGAUUUUAUGCUGCUUUCAGCUUUUUACGGGCGCCAAUAAUGCGUGA